AUGGAGAUCCAUGGAGAACUCUCAACUAUUCCACUUAUUUGGGCUAUCGCAGCUUUGGAGAUGUCUCAGCUAUUUCAGCUAUUUGGGCUACCGCAGCCUUCAGCUAUUUGGGCUACCGCAGCCAUGGAGAGGUCUCAACUAUUCCAACCAUUUGGGCUAUCACAGCCACAAGGAUAUCUCAGCUAUCGCAGCCAUGGAGAACUCUCAACUAUUCCACCUAUUUGGGCUAUCGCAGCUUUGGAGAUGUCUCAGCUAUUUCAGCUAUUUGGGCUACCGCAGCCUUCAGCUAUUUGGGCUACCGCAGCCAUGGAGAGGUCUCAACUAUUCCAGCUAUUUGGGCUACCGCAGCCAUGCGGAUAUUUUAGCUAUUCCAGCCAUUUGGGCUAUCGCAGCCACAGGGAUAUCUCAGCUAUCGCAGCCAGGGAGAUGUCUCAACUAUUCCAACUAUUUGGGCUACCGCAGCCGUGGAGAUGUUUCAGCUACUCCAACCAUUUGGGCUAUUGCAGCCACAGGGAUAUCACAGCUAUCGCAGCCAUGGAGAUGUCUCAGUUAUUUCAGCUGUUUAGGCUACCGCAGCCAUGGGGAUAUUUCAGCUAUCCCAGCUAUUUGGGCUACCGCAGCCAUAAAGAUGUCUUAGCUAUUCCAGCCAUUUGGGCUAUCGCAGCCCUGGGGAUGUCUCGGUCACUCCAGCUAUCGGGGCUACCGCAGCCAUGGAGAUAUCUCAGUUAUUUCAGCUAUUUGGGCUAUCGCAGCCCUGAGGACAUCUCGGUCACUCCAGCUAUCGGGGCUACCGCAGCCAUGGAGAUGUCUCAAUUAUUUCAGCUAUUUGGGCUACCGCAGCCAUGGGGAUAUCUCAGUCCAACUAUCACAGUCAUAUUCCAGGCUACCGCAGCCAUUGGGAUACCCAAGCUAUUCCAGCCAUUUGGGCUAUUGCAUCGGGCGAUGACGCAUGCGCGUCAAAGCCUUACAUCAGGUGGGAAGCCCCACCUGAUGCCAGCCAUUGGUACAUCAGGUGGGAAGCCCCACCUGAUGUCAGUCAUUGGUAGCCAUUGGUACAUCAGGUGGGAAGCCCCACCUGAUGUCAGUCAUUGGUAG